AUGGCAGUGCAAAAAUCAUUUAACUGGAAGCACCUCUCCUGUCGUCUGCCUUCCUUUGCAGUCGCCUUUGGUCUCUACUUCCCCAGGAAAGAGUACUCGGAGAAUGUCUACAUUGAUCAGCCAGCGGGUACGCCGCUCCUGCGCAUCCAUGCCUUGAGGGAUUCACAUGGGGAAACCGCCCACUUUCAUCUGUGCCAGAAUCUCAUCAUUUCUCGAGCAAGAUCCCAUGAAAAUCAUUGGUUUCAAAUCAGAGAAAAAACAGGACUUCUCUACCUCAGCAAAAACCUGGAUAGAGAAGACUUUAACAUGCUGUCUGUAGGAAACUGGAUGCCAUUAUCAAAGGUGAUGCUGUAUGUCUUCCUUUCCUCCCACCCUUUCCAAGAGAAGGAAUGUGACUCUGCUACGCGUGCCACGGUUUUCCUCUCCUUGAUCAAUGCUACUGCACCAGCUUGCAGUUCCCUGACAGCGAGGCAGCUUUGCUUCACAGAAAUGGAUCUCUCCUUUCACAUCAAAGAGAAUAAACCACCUGGCAUAUUUCAUCAGCUCCAGUUACCCUCGGUUCAUCAUCUGUGUCAGAAUCUCAGCAUUUCCUACAAACUGCUGGCAGCUGAAGGUAUGCCCUUUCGAUACAAUGAGAACACCACUGGUGUGAGUGUGACACAGCGCCUAGAUCGAGAAGAGAGAGAGAGAUAUGAGCUGAUUGCCAAAUGUACCGCGAGAGAGGGCUUCAGGGAAACGCAGGUUGAGGUGCCCUUCCUGGUGAACGUGUUAGAUGAAGAUGACUCUCCUCCCUUCCUUCCCAAUGGCACUGAUACUGCAGAUGCUGUCGUGGAGUUCAACAGGAAGGAGGGAACUGUCCUUGCAACGCUAACUGUGUACGAUGCGGACACCACACCUAUUUAUCCCCUUGAAAACAGCAGAAAGAAAUACACAGGAACCAUCAUUACCGAUGAUCCCUGGAUAAGUGAAACGUUUCGGGUAGAGCACAUCUUUGAUGAAAUCCACUUCAGCCCAAAUGGCAGCCAAGUGAGGGGAACUCAACAUGAGUACAAACUGGUACUGAAUAAAAGUAUUUCAGUCACAGAGCAUCGUUCCUUCCAGUUGGAUGUUUUGGUGAAUGACACAGAAUUUCAUGGCCCAGAAAGAUCGGUGAUGCUUCAUUUCAAUGUCUCCAUCCUCCCUGUCAGCAUUCAGUUUCCAAACGUGACUUACCAGUUCACAGUGAACAGAAAUGCUGAACGUUUUGCACAAAUUGGAAAAAUCUGCAUCGAAAACUGUAUGAAAUUCCAUGGUGUGAACAUCACCUACAAGUUACUGUCCCCCAACGUAAGCUGCUAUCCCGUCAGUAUACUUCAAGGCCGAGAAGACAAAUGGGGAAGCCUUUAUGUGAAUGAUUCCUCUGUGCUACGCAGACCUGAAUGCAAGGAAAUACAAUACACUAUUCAAGCUACAGACAAGCAGAGCAGGAAACAUACCAAAACCCUCCUCACUAUUGUCCUGGAAGGAACUCUUUUAAAAAAAGAGGAGGACUGCCCUGACUCCUGCGCAGAGAGUAAGCACCGUGCUGAAUGUGAAGAAUGUGGUGGCUUGGGUGUGCUAGCAGGAAGGUGCCAGUGGAGACAGGGGAGUGGAAAAGGCAUCACCACAAACUAUUCCACGUGCACCCCGAGUAUCAAGACUUGUCCGGACGGCACCUGUGAUGUGAUCGAGAGCAAAGAUCUGGCUGUGUGCCCCCAAGACUGCACAAGUGGAAACAUUAUUGGUGGUCAUGGGAAAGGCACUGGAAAUCUUGGAAUUAAGUCAGGACAUGGGAUUUGUUACUGCUUCCCAAGACAGAACUGUUUUUGUGAGAAAGAUGAUAUCAAGG